AUACAUUGUACUGCACAGACCCCGAAUUUGUGUUGGAGAGAUGAGAAUUAAGUAUGCACAUUAAUGAAUAGAGCUGUCGUAAUGUUACCGUUUCCUCUAUGAUGGACAGAAUGACUGAAGAUGCACUGCGCCUGAACCUCUUAAAAAGGAGCUUGGACCAAGCGGACGACCGGGAGGAUGUCCUGGCAAAGAGGUUGAAAAUGGAAGGGCACGAGGCCAUGGAGCGCCUGAAGAUGCUGGCGCUGCUGAAGAGGAAGGAUCUUUCUGGCCUCGAGGUGCCCCACGAGCUCCCAGUGAAGCAGGACGGUGUUAAAGUCUAUGAAGAGAAGCUGAAUGGGAGCCUGAGGCCCCAUGCAGAUGGCAGGACUGCAGGGCGGCCGGGCAAGGAGAACAUUAAUGAUGAGCCAGUGGACAUGAGCGCAAGGAGAAGUGACCAGGACAGGGGUCGAUUGACCCCCUCACCAGAUAUAAUUGUCCUUUCCGAUAAUGAGGCAUCAAGUCCACGUUCCAGCUCUCGAAUGGAAGAAAGACUUAAGGCAGCAAAUCUUGAAAUGUUUAAGGGUAAAGGCAUAGAGGAGCGCCAGCAGCUUAUCAAACAACUCCGGGAUGAGCUGCGACUGGAAGAGGCCAGGCUGGUGUUGCUGAAGAAGCUGAGGCAAAGUCAACUGCAAAAGGAGAAUGUUGUACAGAAGACUCCAGUUGUGCAGAAUGCUGCAUCUAUUGUUCAGCCAUCUCCUGCCCAUGUGGGACAGCAGGGACUGUCCAAGCUUCCCUCCAGGCCUGGAGCCCAGGGGGUUGAGCCUCAGAAUUUGAGAACAUUACAGGGUCACAGUGUCAUUAGGUCUGCCACAAACACGACCCUUCCCCAUAUGCUUAUGUCACAGCGUGUGAUUGCUCCGAACCCCGCCCAGUUACAAGGGCAGCGCGUUCCUCCUAAACCUGGCCUCAUCCGCACUACAACUCCAAGCAUGAAUCCAGCCAUCAACUACCAGCCGCAGUCAAGUUCUUCUGUUCCUUGCCAGCGUACGACCUCUUCAGCCAUCUACAUGAACCUUGCCUCUCAUAUCCAGCCCGGGACUGUGAACAGGGUGUCGUCCCCACUUCCCAGCCCCAGUGCUCUGAAUGAUGCUGCCAAUUCCCAGGCAGCUGCCAAGCUUGCCCUGCGCAAGCAACUGGAAAAAACGCUGCUGGAGAUUCCACCCCCGAAACCGCCAGCGCCCUUGCUUCACUUCCUGCCCAGCGCAGCCAACAGCGAGUUCAUCUACAUGGUGGGGCUGGAGGAGGUGGUACAGAGUGUUAUUGACAGUCAAGGCAAAGGCUGCGCUUCCCUCCUGCGCAUGGAGCCCUUUGUCUGUGCUCAGUGCCGCACUGACUUCACCCCGCACUGGAAGCAGGAGAAGAACGGGAAGAUCCUGUGCGAGCAGUGCAUGACCUCCAAUCAGAAGAAGGCGCUGAAAGCAGAGCACACCAACCGGCUGAAGAACGCCUUCGUGAAAGCACUGCAGCAGGAGCAGGAAAUUGAGCAGAGGCUACAGCAGCAGGCAGCCUUAUCUCCCACUGCAGCUCCUGCCGUGUCCAGUGUCAGCAAACAGGAGACCAUCAUGAGGCACCACACACUCCGCCAGGCUGCACAGCCCCAGAGCACUCUGCAGCGUGGCAUCCCCACCUCUGCCCGCUCGAUGCUGUCCAACUUCGCGCAGGCGCCCCAGCUGUCUGUUGCGGGUGGUCUCCUUGGUAUGCCAGGUGUUAACAUUGCAUACCUGAAUGCUGGGAUCGGAGGCCACAAAGCAUCGAGCUUGGCAGACCGGCAGCGGGAAUACCUUUUAGAUAUGAUCCCCCCACGGUCUAUAUCGCAGUCCAUCAGCGGACAGAAAUAACGCCUAUUGACCCUUCCCCCCCUCCCCACUUCUGUCGCAUGCAGUGCCUGUACUGGUGCCUACCAUACACGGGAAACAGACACAAAAACAUUUCAGAACUUCAGCGACCUGUCCUUUCCCAACCUAACUCUUCUCUUUGGUUUUCUAUAGCAGUGAGGUCAUUCCCCUUGCCCAAGGUCAGGACAAUUGUCUGCUUGAAAUCAGCACUAGACAUGUGUUCAUGCUCGUUUGAUGCUAUUUUUUGUAAUGACAAAGCAUAGAAUUUUUAAUUGUUUUAUUUUUUCCUCUGCUAAAUGGAGGGUUAAACUUUUUUCCUUUCCAGAGAUUUUUUUUAAGAGCAUCCACUCUGCUCCAAGUGACCAUCUGUAAAGGGUGGUCAGUGCUGACUGGAGGGGAGGAGGGGGGAGAGGCGGCAGGGUGCUGGCGUUUGGACAGCUGUUCUAUGCACUUACUAGGGCGAAUUAGGACUUGCGUUCUUUGAGUUGCUCACCAAAAGAGGUAAGGGACAGAGGUUCUGUGGAUGCGUCCAAUUGAAUCUCGCUGAGGGGUUGGUCCAUAACAGCUUGGCCACAUGCAGACGUUAAUGGAGCAUGAUGUCUCCCUGGAGGACGGCAGCCCAGGGUGUGAAGGAAGGAGCUGUGUUUCAGUGCAGUGCACCUGCCACUUGCAGCACGUGUGGCUGGAUGCAGAUCUCUGUGCUUGACAGUGCAGUGCAAGGGAUGGCGGGGCUGGCGAGUUGUGCCAGGGAAUCCCAUCAGUUGUGCUACCAGCCCCCAUAAUGCAGUGCAGCGGAAAUGGCUGGGGCGUGCGCCCCAGGAGCGGACCUGUGAUGCUGCCUAGUGUGUGUGUUUCCGUCUCCCAGUAAUUCUGAUGCUCCCUGUGUAGAAGUUGAAGUUCUCUAAGGGACUGUGAUGAACUGCCAAAGGGCACAGGGGCCUCAGGCCUUUUGAAUCCCCUGCCGUUGUGCUCUCCAGAGCAGCUCCCUGUUCUCGACCCCAGGAAGCUGUACGCGUCCCAGCGGCCGAGCAGGAAGCAUUGCAGGGCGCAUGGAUUGGAUUGAGUUAGCAAACCCAAAGCAAGAGCAAGCUGAGUCCUCGUCCGCGGAUCGCUCUAUUUGCACUUACCCUCGCGCCCAGAGGCCCCGCACCUGAACCCGGAAAGAGCAGAACCGUCUCCUGGCAGCAGAGGGCGCCAGCUCCUCGCCAGUACCCCGGAAAGAGGCCCAGCAGAACUGCACUCGGGGGAGCAGGACCCUGGUGCGGAGCCUUCCCACUUGCUGUUGAUUGAAUUAUGUAAAUGCAGGGGGGAACCUCCUUGGCCAAACUGUUACAAAACCAAGCGAAUAUGCUUGAUUUGCUGCUUCUGAGGGGGACCCCUGCCCUCCUUGGAAGGCGUUUCCUGAUGGAACAUGAAUUGUGCAAUGAAGUGCUAAGUCGCCACUCGCAUGGAGUUUCAUUGUUGGGGUGCCCAGCAGUACCUGCUGUUUGGGAAGAGGCGCCCUUCUCUCCAGCAUGCCCCCGUGCUGCGUCGCCACUCUCUGGUUGGUAGCUGUGGCUGCAAUACCUGAACUGCCAUAGUCUGAACGGAGAGCUGCCGAGUGACUGAGGAAGGAGGUCUGAGGCUGUUCCCUUGAAAGCCAGCAGGAUUUCUCCCCAAGAGGCACCGCACGCAUGUCCCUGUCUUUGGAGAGGAGGGUCUGUAUCAGUGCAAGAACUAGGCCCUCCCUACCUGCUCCCAUUCCUGAGCAGACGUCUCCUCUCCCUCACCCCAUCAUCUCAAGGUGGGGGGGCACGUGCUGGUACAACAGCCCCUUUCCCUGUCUCUGCUUCGGUGCACCCCACUCCCUCGAUUCAGUGAGCACUUAAUACCUAGGGGCGUGGAUGUGUGGCCGGGCCCCCCAGAGGCGAAAGGAUUUUUUGGAACCUAGUGGAAUGCGCAGCAGCUUUUUUCUUUUUCUUUUGUUUUGUGGUUCACUGUUGUAGCUGGCGCGGCACUGGGACGUUGAUUCUCCGUAUCAACCUGCUGUGCUUAGAGGGAAGCACUUUGAUAAACCCAAGAAAUGAUCGGCCCGUUCUUCGUGCCCCGCUCUCGACAUAGAGCCCCUGCCCCCAUCUCCCCCAGUGGGCGUUACCGAGAGGUACGAGGUGGCCCAAGCAGAUUGGUUGAGAUGAAAAUUAAAAAUGUGCAAUACUUAACGAGUCCUUGCGGCUGGGGCCUGGUGCACUAGUUAAUUGUCAGACAGCAAGUUAACAAUAAUGGUGCUAAGUGAAAUUUCUUGGGAAGGGGAUCAGGGUCCCCCACCCACCCACCCACCCCAGCUUGAUUAAUGCAGUGGUUGGUGAAAGAAAACUUCCCUGUCGCUUGCUUAUAGAUUUAUUUCCAUCCUGCAGCCCGGGCCUCGCAGAUCACCCUGUCUGACCCAGUGCAGUGAAGGCUGACCUGCGUCUGUGGCAGGCAGCAUGGUCCGAGCAUGGGUCCGGGAGCCAGGAACUCCCCAGUUCUACUCCCAGUUCUGUGGCCUUGGGUAAGUCACUUCACCUUUCUCUUUCCCCAGCUGUAGAUUGGAGGUGAUGCUUCCCUGCCUCACAGGGGUGUUGUGUGGGCUGCUGGGUGUCCAUCGAGUGCUGGAGGUGCACAGUGGCUUUAUUGGGAUAGGUGGGGCCUGCUCAGACCCUGCUGGCCCAUCUGUGGCCGGCUGUAGCCUUGAAUCGCUCCUUCCCUUUGGCAGAUGUCAUCCGAGAGCUGUUCUCAAGACCCAGCCAGCGACGGGAGCCAGUCGUAUUACUUGGCCCGCAGCUGUUUUCCCCCUCUCCGUGGUCCCACACUCCUGCCGAUGGGUUGCUGAAUUGUAAAAUCACUCAUGAAUCCCCCCUCUCCCCUGACGCUUGUCCUGGAAGUGUGUGUCCGCACAUCGAUGGGUUCUGUGGUGCUAAGGGGCUCUCUCCCUGCGUGCAGCCCCAGCUGUUCACGUGAAACAGAAAUUCUCAUCUCCAGCAGGCCUGGGGGGCUGAACCUCAUCUCUGGGUUUUGUUCCUUGGUUCUGUAAACACUUCCUGCAACAGCGGGUUCUUCCCACACUUCGCAGAGGGGUACCCCGAGCUAGAAAGCACAGAGCAAAUGCUCCCUCUGGGCCCUGGGCUGGGUUCACUGCACAGCAGUCGGCAGGUGUCAGGUCAUGUUGGUAAACCUGGGAGCACCAAAACGGCAACUGCUUCGUUUCCAUCCCCCAGUCGUCAGAGCCCAUCCUUCACUCCUGCUGCCCUGGGCACCUCACCCCCUCCACUGGGGAAUCUCCCUGGCUUCGUCUUGUUAAAUCCCCAGUGAGGUUCUGGUGCCUAGACCCUUGCACUGCCGCUGGGGGUGGUGGAGUGUCCGACUCUACAGCCAGCAGUUUGGUUCAUUGCAGUAUUUGACACCUCACUCUGCCUCCUGAUCUCUGUGUCGAAGGGGAAUUAAGACGCUUGCUUUGUCUGUGAGCUGCACAGGUUUAAAUUUUUUUUGUCUUGACCACAGCGCGCGACCACCCCCAAUCCCUGGUAAAGUGCCCCUCCCCCUUUAUGGAUGUGAUGUACGGUAGAAAAUUGUCUCUUUUUUUAGAUACAGAAAUAGGGAUUUUUUUCCCCGCUUCGGUUAGCUUUUCUUUUACAGCUAGAUGUAGAGCUGCUUGUGAACGCUUAGUGGGGUUUUAUUUUUUGUUCCUCCAAAGGCAUAACCCAUCCCUCCCCCUUUCUUCUCUAACCCUCACCCAUCUCCACUCACCCACCCCAACAAGAUCUUAAUUAGCUUAUGAUAUUGCUGCCGAAAUGUUAUAACAAGGACUCAUUCGUGUAUAUAAGCUAUUUCUUGACACAUUAAAAACAAUUGUACAUUGUGUAGAAAACAAAACAAACAAACAAAAAAAAAACAGCCUCGCCAUGGAUAUUGUGAAAGUUGUUACGUCCUUUUGUAGUGUGACCUUUUGUGUAUGACCUGAAACGUGCAAAAGGGGUGGUUUCCGGCGGGUGGGUUAGGGAAGCAAAGUCAGACAGCUGCAGAGGGCAAAGAUCCCAGGGGCUGGCGCUCUUGUCCGGGCGGGAACUGCUAGCCUGCAGAAAUGCACUGGUGGCAAUCGCCACCUCCCAAAUCUGUGCCUUUCACACACACAAAGAAGGACCCUACAAGUUACCAGCACCCCCUAGUGCAGUGGAGGCAGGAAGUUUCUUCCCCCAGCGUUAGGUUUACAGCUCAUGAUGUCUCUCUAACCAGCAGUGGUGGUGCAUUCCCGUGGGGAGCAUCCGGAUCUUGGGGAGUGGGACCGGGGUGGGGACAAGUAUUAUGAACUGUAAUUGUAUUUGCACUGUUUUUAUUAUUGCAUUGGCAUAUAUACAAUAUACAUCUAUAACAACCUGCGGUGUGCGGCUUCCUUCAUGUUCUGCCAGCCAGAGCCCAUGCAGGCGCUGAGCAGAGUCCAAAACAGGCAGGAUCCAGGAUGAAAUGGUACAGAGCUUCUCAGACCGGCUGCUGGGAAUGGGGGGAACGUCUGUUUCCAGCAGCUAUGACAAUCCAGAGAGCUUGAGAUGAGUGGUCUCCAGUACUGACUGGCUGCUCUCAGCACGGCUGCCCCAGGAUUCCUGUGGCCGUUGGCCCCUCCCGUGGAGGGACAGCGGAAGCAGUUGUUGGUCCGAAAUAAAGGUGCUGGCACUGGGUUCUGAGUGUCUUACCAAUGCCUGGCCAGACUCUUCCUGUGUGCAUCUGCGAGAUCCGGAGUCCUUUGGAGCCUGGCUUCUCGUCACCGCCUCCCUCAGUGGCACCCGAGUCUAAGCCAGCCAGCACCUCCACCCCCUGCAACUGAUCCCGCCUGGAGACCCCCAUUCACCCCAGCUGGGUGCCUUCCUGUGGACGCAGCCUGGCGGGUCCUGCUCUGACCAGCCCAGGCUCAGAACCUGCUUGCCCACCCUUUGACCUGCUGGAAAAACCUUCUCAGCAUUUGCACCUGUUCUCAAAGCCCCGUGGGGUGAGCAGCAUCGCGCUAGGUCUGCCCUAGCGUUCCCCUCGGCCUGGCCACAGGGGGGCCCAUGGUGUGGGGUCUCUGCUCCCUGGGGCUGGGUAAUGACUUGUCCUCUCCAGUCCCUCUCACCCCUGCCUGCCAGUUCCUGGCUCCUCUGGAGCCUUCCAUGUCAUCACAUGCACCCACCUGCUUCCCUGCGAGCAUCCCGCUGUUGGCAGCUGGAGCGGGGGCCCAGGGAUCAACCGCACCAGAGCACCCAGGGACUGAUCCCCUUCCAGGGUGGCUCCUGGUACCAGCAGCCAAGGCUUCCCCAGCUGUCUGUGCAUGACGGGAGGGGACUGGGUGGGGUGGGAAGCUACAGCCCCCUCUCUUCUGGGGGUGGAGAAGGGUGUGUGUGUGUCUCUUCCGUGCUUUCCCUCCCACGAACACCCCCAGCCGCUCCAGCUAUGAUGUGGCCAAGAGGCUGCACUGACGGAGGGACUGGCUGGCUCAGAAACGGGCUAAGCAGCUCCAGGGCAGACCCCGUUCCCUUGGGGGGCUGUGGUAGGGACGGGCUGCACCAGGGGGCUCUAGAGAGGACAGAGGCAAUUCCAGUGCAUUUUGCAGACUUCUGUGUGCAGCAGCUGUUUGCACUCUGUCACCAGCACGUGCAGCUCUGCUCUGGAAAGACUCCAGAUCAGUGACUCUUGCUAAACUUGUUGGGGAGCUGGGAGCCGGUCGUCGCCCUCCUCCUCCAGCGUGUUCUCGCUGUGUCUGCGCCCAGUUGGCAUGGCUGAAACCGAGCAGGAGGCUGAGUUCUGCAGCCAGGCUGGAAUCCAGCUCGCUCCACCCGGCCGUGGCUAGCUCUGAUGAGCAAACCGAGGGCAAGGCGGUAAAGCUUUGCUCAGGAGCGGGAGCGAGAGGCUCCCCGUUAGCAUAGCACUUCAGAGCAGGAACCGGCGCACCUCUCAGCAGAUCUGCCCAGGUGUUGUCACGUCCCUUCCCGCCACCAAGUGUAGCCCAAAUCUUCACAGGUGAUCGCAGAGGCCCAGCUGGGCCUGGCUUUUCGGGCAGCCCUUCCUGGAAGGCCAGGCCCCUUUAAGGCAGCUCAGACUGGGCACACAGAAUCGCUCCCCACUUCCGCAAACUCCGUUCCAUAGCUGCUUCCAGUCUGGCUGCUCUGGGCCUGGAGUCGCCGGCUUGAGUGCCCGACGUCCCUGGACGGGUGCUGCUGGAUCUGACUUCUCAGCAGAGGCCUCCUUCCCCCAAAGGCACUGGUGCCGUGCUCUGCCCUGGUCCUGACUGCACAUCCGCACUGAGGGAUGCCCUCCGAGCUCGGAGGGGAGGGAGAAGUCGGGGUGGAUAGCAAGGGGUACAGCAUGGCAAAGCGAACGGGUCCCAGCCUCACACCUGCAGCCUAGCUAACCGAGAGGUGGGGGGAAACCAGGCCUUUUGCACAAUUUUAAGUUUUUUUUGCAUUGUGUUUUGAAAUCUGGUUU